AUGCUCGGCAAAGCACUAUACCCAGCAAACCACGAGUCGACAACAAUGUCCGCAGCACCCCCACCAGCCCCUCCAAUCCUCAACACCUCCCUUUCCCUCACCCGCACCCUGACGGAUUUCCUCACCGUAACUCUUCAUACCCUCCUCUCAAUCCGCUCUCUUUAUCCUCCUUCAAGUUUCCUCACAACCCGCGCCUACAACCUCCCUGUCCAGCAAUCCCGCCACCCUGCUGUCUGCACCUGGAUCAACACCUCGAUAUCGCACCUCACACCGCUCCUCCUCACCUCUUCCAUCUCCCUUAUAACCUUCGUUAUCUUCUCUGCCUCAGGCCAAGUCCUUGAACGCUAUAUCUUUGACAUCUCCCGCUUCCCUGUUGUAGGCGAGAAGGAGAAAUGGACGGAGUUUGAAGAAGGAAGGGGCAUUGUUGAUGUAGAAGAGCAGUUAAGGGCUACGAUUAAGAAGCUGCAGAUUGCUGGAGAGCGGCUGAAGAAGUUACCGCAGGAUUGUACAUUUACAUUUGUGGUGGAGAUGAGGGAGGGGAGCGAAGCGCCGAUUGGACAUCCGAUGCCUUGGGUUGCUAGUGAGCCGGGAUUGCAGCAGCAGACGGAAGGGAAUGGAAAGGGUAAGGAGAGGGAGAGGAAUACCAGUGUUGGGGUGGAUAGGGGAGGUGUGAAAAGUACACCGGUUAGAUUGGUGGAGGCCGGGGAUUUUGUGUUGGAGGCAUGGAUUGAGGAGGGGAAGGCGAAAUUUGAACUUGUGGAUGAGGAUGAAGAUGACGAGGGUUGA